GCGUGCAGUCCAAAAAGUUCCGUAUUGUCGAAUGAUUUCCGCCAGCCAUAUCAUUAUAAUGGAGAUAAGUAUUAUGUCUCUAAAGCCCUCUACACCACCGACAUGGCAGCUCUAGAUGUGUGUAGGUCAAUCUGUGGAUACCUCGUCGAGGUGGAUGAUAAUGCUGAGAUGGCCUUCCUUAAAACUAUUAUAGACACAGAAAAGAUAAACGGGACACUGAUAGCUGGAACUGACAAGGCCAAAGAAGGAACGUGGGUGUAUCAGAGAACCGGGAAAACUUUGACCUUUACGGCAUGGCAAUCCGGAGAGCCGAACAAUGUUGGGGGAGAAGAACACUGCAUGAAUAUGUUGAAAGAAAGAAGCCUGAUGUACGAUGUAGCCUGUCAGUUAGCCGGUUGGAAACUCAACUUUGUCUGUGAGGUGAAAUAGGUAUAUGCCAUAGAAUGGAGACUGGCUGGUGCUUCCCAACACAGCCUUUUAAAUAAAUUAUGGAAUGCCAUUGUCAACUCAAUUUUGUGAAGUUGGAGAGCCAUAUGGCAAUCUCUUUAUAUAAAUGAUAUUAAAUUCGAAUCUGGUACAUUUUCUUUAAAAAAAAAAAAUGCACAAUUUAGAAUUCUAUCCAUCGUUUCAAUAAAUUCAAACAGAAAGAU